AUGGUUGCACCAUACAUAUAUACUCUUCAUCCUAGUCCUCCACUCACUGUGCUCAUUCCUACUGCUGACAAUAAUUCUCAUGAAAAUCGUAAUAUUGCUAAUACCACUAAUGCUACUAUAGUUGUUCCUAAUGAUGAUGCAAAUACUACUAAUCCAAUUGUUCCUGUUUCUAGUUCUAUUACUAAUACAGGCUCUACAGUUCUACAAUCUCGAACUAAGGCUCAUUCAAUGACAACUCGUGCUAAGGCGGGCAUUUUUAGGCCAAAAAUAUAUACUGCAAAAGCUGCAGCCCAUAUAUAUGAUAGCACAAUUGAGCCACACACAGUGAAGGAAGCUCUUUCCAAACCAGAAUGGUGUCAAGCUAUGAAAGAAGAAUAUGAAGCUCUAAUCAAGAACAAUACAUGGACCCUUGUGGAUUUACCUCCGGGAUGUAACGCAAUAGGGUGCAAAUGGGUCUUUAAAAGCAAAUUUAAUGCAGAUGGUAGUUUUCACAAACACAAAGCACGUCUUAUAGCCAAGGGCUAUCAUCAAAGAGCGGGUUUUGAUUUUACCGACACAUUCAGUCCUAUGGUAAAACCUACAACAGUAAGAGUUGUCUUAACCUUAGCUCUUUCAAAACAGUGGCAUAUGCAUCAAAUUGACAUCAAUAAUGCGUUUCUUCAUGGUACUCUUAAAGAGAUUGUGUAUAUGAAUCAACCUCCUGGAUUUGAUUCCAGAGAGAAAGGGAAAGUGUGCAGGUUGCAAAAAGCAAUUUAUGGCCUUAAGCAGGCUCCCCGAUCUUGGUUUCAAACUCUUAGUCACUUUCUCAUCACAAUGGGUUUUACGGCAGCAAAGAGUGACACUUCGUUAUUCAUUAAAAUCACUCAAACAUUCACUCUUUUGGUCCUGGUCUAUGUGGAUGAUAUAAUAGUCACUGGCAGUUCUAAAUCUGAGGUUGUUUCUUUGGUUACUAAACUCAAUUAUAUGUUUAAGCUUAAAGACCUUGGACCUCUACACUAUUUUCUGGGAAUUGAAGUAAGUAACACUACAGAUGGAGGACUCAUUCUUUCACAAGCAAAGUAUAUUAGAGAUCUUCUUCAUAGAGCCAAGAUGACUGACUCCAAAUCACAACCAACACCAAUGGUUUCAGGCCUUAAACUUCAAGCAAAUGGUUCAGCUGCCGUGACAGAUCCAACCUUCUAUAGAUCAAUUGUGGGUGGACUUCAAUACAUCACUAUUACAAGACCUGAACUCUCGUUUUCCAUCAAUAGGGUCUGUCAAUUCAUGCACAAUCCUUAA